AUGGCGAAGUGCAGACGUCUGAGGCAUUCUCGACGGCCAAUCGCACGGUCAAAUCAGGCUUGUGGCAUCAGCCGUGGGACGUGGGCGGCGACGUUGCUACAGUCGUCAGGCAUUGCGUACAGAUAUGGAAUCUCGGGUCCAUUCUGGUACGCGUCAGGAGCUACCGUUCAGAUCAUUCUGUUCGCCACUCUUGCCAUUGAGCUUAAGCGCAAAGCUCCCAACGCGCACACAUUCCUGGAGGUUGUCAAGGCGCGAUAUGGAACGGUCACUCAUAUCGUAUUCUUGAUCUUCGGCCUGAUGACCAACAUCCUUGUGACUGCUAUGCUUCUGACUGGAGGCUCUGCCGUGGUUGAAUCUUUGACCGGCGUCCCUACCGUGGCCGGCAAUUUCCUUCUACCCGUGGGCGUGGUCCUGUACACUAUGUUCGGAGGCAUCAAGGCCACCUUCUUGACAGAUUAUGUUCACACCGUGAUCAUCCUUGUGAUCAUCUUCAUGUUCGCCUUCAGCGCAUACGCAACCAACGAGAACCUUGGCUCCCCUGGGAAGGUAUGGGAACUUCUCGUCCAAGCAGGAAAGGACCACCCUGUCGACGGCAACAAGGACGGAAGCUACCUGACCAUGCAAAGCCGGGAAGGCGCGAUCUUCUUUGUCAUCAACAUUGUGGGCAACUUUGGAACCGUGUUCCUCGACAACGGCUACUACAACAAAGCGAUCGCAGCAUCGCCAGUUGACGCCCUGCCCGGCUAUAUCAUGGGCGGUCUCUCCUGGUUCGCGAUCCCAUGGCUCGCCGCAACGACUAUGGGCAUGGCGGCUCUCUCGCUGGAGAGCAACCCCGUGUUCCCAACAUACCCAGGACGCAUUCCUGACCAUGAAGUAUCUGCUGGUCUUGUGCUUCCACAUGCCGCGACUGCACUGCUCGGCAAGGGUGGUGCUGCCGCGAGUGUGCUCCUCAUUUUCAUGGCCGUCACUUCUGCUUCGUCGGCGGAACUGAUUGCAGUCUCGAGCAUCUUCACCUACGACGUGUACAAGAACUACAUCAAUCCUGCUGCUACUGGACGAUUCCUCAUUCGCAUGUCUCACGUGGCCUGCGUGUGCUACGCAGUCAUCAUGGCCGCCUUCGCCACAGGUCUCUUCUAUGCAGGUAUCGGAAUGGGAUACAUCUACCUCAUGAUGGGCUGCAUCAUCUCCUCCGCUGUGAUCCCCGCCACUCUGACACUCACCUGGUCCGGCCAAAACUGGAUCGCAGCUGCUGGAUCGCCCGUCCUUGGUCUCAUCUGCGCCCUCAUUGCAUGGUUGGUGACAGCCAAGAGGGAAUGCGGUGCCCUUGACGUUGCCUGCACCGGCUCCAACUACCCCAUGUUGGCAGGCAAUGUGACAGCACUACUCAGUCCAUUGAUCUUCAUCCCAGUCCUCACCUUCGCCUUCGGACAGCAGAAAUACGACUGGCUCUCAAUGGCUGCCAUCAACCAGGGCGACGACAGCGACAUUGCAGCGAAGCUCGGCGUGGACGUCGAGCAAAUUCGUGGCCAGGCGAUUACGACCGAGGUUCUCCUUGACGAGACAGAGCAGAAGCAUCUGAAGAGGUCGGCAAUCAUUGCCAGGAGCAUGACUGUUUUCAUGACACUUGCCUUGUUGGUUCUCUGGCCCAUGCCAAUGUACGGAAGCGGCUACAUCUUCAGCAAGAAGUUCUUCACCGGCUGGGUCGUCGUCGGCAUCAUGUGGCUGUUCUUCAGCUCGUUCUGUGUCGGCCUGUUCCCUCUCUGGCAAGGUCGCAAGACCGCCGUGCACACCAUCAAGUCCAUCAUCAUGGACUUGACCGGCAAGAAGCGCCCCCAGCAGGCGCUACACGGCGAGAGCCAGACGCCCCCUGCAGAAGCCUCCGACUCUGAGAAGAGUGGCGGUGUCGAGGGCGUCAGUGAGAUGCCUAAGAAGGAGUGA